AAAUUAAAUGGAGUACUUAACUAAUGAAAAACUCCUUAAAUAAUAACAAUCAGUUCUAUUUUCCAUCAACAAUUCUCGAUCUAAUAGUGUUUCAAGAUUUCCCAUUCCCAGUUAAAGAGCCAUCAAUGAUCCAGUUCAACCGCUGAAAUCUGCAGAUUUGUUUAAUAAAUUGGAGGAUAUCUUGAAAUAAAAGCAGUUGAAUACAACAACCAGAAAGAAAUAAAAACAAAUUUCAUGUAUAAUAAACCCAUAAGCUUGUAAUGAAGAGAAAAAAUACAAUAUAGAAGCAAGUUAUUAUAAAUCUCCAAUUAGAUUACUAGAUGUAUCAACAAAUGGAUGCUUUGAUGUAAUAUGUUUAUAUUUAUUUUUCAUUGUAGAAUAAUAUUCAACUCAGAAAUAGAAGGUAAACUUUAAUUAUUGGAUCCCCUCCAGUUAACUAAUAAAAUUAAAGUAGUAAAAUUGAGAAAAACAAUAUUCAAAAUCAAUUUUAAGAAAGUUAAAAUUAAAAAAAAAAAGAGAGUCUUAAAAGAUUUUAAGAUGAGUUUAACAAUAUGUAAGAAAAAAUUAGAGGAAGGAAUAAUGUAAAUUAUGAAUUUCUCAUUUUAGUCAAUAUUAUAAGAGGAUGAUAGAAUUUAAAUUAAAGAAAAAAAAAUUGAUUUAAAUAUAAGCACAGCAAAAGAAAAUAAAAGUAUUACACUUAAUAAAUUAAAUUACUAAUUAUAAAUUUAGAAUAAUCACUUAUAAGAAUAGUUACUUUUUGAAUAAAAUUAAAAUAGUAAACUAAAUAUGCUUAUAAAUAAUUUAAAUGAUUAAAUCACAGCUUUGAAUAAGUAAACUUUAUAAUAAUUUAAUAGAUAAAUUAAUUAAUAGUAACAAUCUAUCAAUGAUGAUUCAUAAAUUAAGGAAAAAACUAUUAAAUAAUAAAAUUCGAAAAUAGAAUAAUUACAACUUGAACUAAAAUAAAAAGAUCAAGACAUUCAACAUUUUAAGCAACAGAUUUCAGAAUUCUAGAAUGUUUAUAAAGAAAUGCAAGAAUUAGAAAAUCUUUGUUCUUCCAUGUCUUUCAUAGGUAAAUAAAGUCUUUAACAUAAUCAUUUAAUUCAUGAAAUACAAGAUUUGCUAUAAGUUUAAAACAAUAUUAUAGAAAAAGUAACAAGCAACAGAGAUUUUCAAAUUGAAUAAUUAAUAAUCUAAAAGAAAUAGAAAAAAUAGAAUUUGCAAGAAUAAGUUGAUUAUUAAGAAUUAUGCCAAGAGACAACUCGAAUUUAGGAAAAUAUAAUAAAAUAAAUUAAAAACUCUGUUGAACAAUUAACAGAAAGAUUUAUUCAUGACUUACUUAUUUGA